AUGUUGUUCCAUACAGCGGCCCUCGUGGUCCUUCUAGCUCUGGUCCAGCUAGCUGUAUGCGCCCAGGACUAUUACAAGGUUCUCGGUGUAAGCAGGCAAGCAGGGAAGAAGGAAUUAAAGCAGGCAUAUCGUCAAUUGUCGAAGAAGUUCCAUCCAGACAAGAAUCCUGGCGAUGACACAGCACACGAUAAGUUCGUCGAAGUUUCCGAAGCUUACGAUGUCUUGAGCGAUGAGGAAAUGCGCAAAGUUUACGACCAAUACGGCCACGAAGGUGUUCAACAGCGCCGCCAAGGAGGAGGAGGUGGUGGUGGCCAUGAUCCCUUCGAUCUCUUCAGCCGCUUCUUCGGUGGGCACGGCCACUUCGGACGAGCAUCCAGCGAGCCCCGAGGCCACAAUGUCGAAGUCCGUGUAGAAAUCUCCCUCCGCGACUUUUAUAACGGCGCCACCACCGAGUUCUCCUGGCAGAAGCAACAUAUCUGUGAAGCCUGCGAAGGCACCGGAAGUGCAGAUGGGCAAGUCGAUACCUGUCAUACUUGCGGCGGUCAUGGUGUACGCAUCGUCAAGCGUCAGCUCGCUCCCGGAAUGUUUCAGCAAUUUCAGCAAAGAUGCGAUGCUUGUGGCGGUAGGGGCAAGAACAUCAAGCACAAGUGCAAGGUCUGCCAGGGUGAACGGGUUGAGAGGAAGGCGACGACUGUUCAACUCAACGUCCAGCGUGGAGCCGCCCGCGACUCUCGUGUUGUCUACGAAAACGAAGCUGAUGAGAGUCCUGAUUGGGUUCCUGGCGACUUGUUGGUGACAUUAUCUGAGAGGGCUCCAUCAUAUGACAACAAUCCCGAUAAGACCGAUGGCGCAUUCUUCCGUCGCAAGGGUGACGAUCUGUACUGGACCGAAGUUCUCUCUCUUCGAGAAGCUUGGAUGGGCGGCUGGACUCGCAACCUCACUCAUCUCGAUAACCACGUCGUGCGGUUAAGUCGACCCCGUGGUAAGGUUGUCCAGCCCGGCCACGUCGAGACUGUGGCUGGAGAGGGUAUGCCCAUCUGGCACGAGGAUGGCGACAGCGUGUACCACAAGACCGAGUUCGGAAACCUAUACGUCGAGUACGCAAUCGUACUACCCGAUCAGAUGGACACCAACAUGGAAAGCGAUUUCUGGAGCCUCUGGGAGAAGUGGCGACUCAAGAGCGGCGUCGAUCUACAUAAAGACAGCGGACGACCAGAACCUGCAGCGCACGCUAGAGAUGAGUUAUAA